UAUUUAAAAAGAGCACUAUUUUUGAUCACUUUCAAGGAAUUUUACAGGAAAAGAUUAAACUUUGAUCGAUCAUGGGAACUGCAGUAUACGGAAGAUUGGCUAUGAAUUGCUAUUGUGUGGUUUUCCUUUUGGUGGCCUUGCAUUUCGCCCAUGGAGACGUGAGCUACACUAUCGCAGAGGAAAUGAAAAGCGGAUUUGUGAUAGGGAAUAUCGCCAAAGAUCUGGGUCUUGGGAUUGCGACUCUUUCCUCGCGUAAAGUCCGCAUUGACACAGACAGGGACGAUAAAAGGUAUUGUGAUAUUAAUCUGAGCACCGGAGAUUUGACUGUCAGUUACAGGAUCGACAGGGAAAGUCUUUGUGGUAAAAAAGCCAACUGCCUUUUAAAAGAGGAGCUUGUGCUGGAAAACCCUUUAGAGCUUCAUCGCAUCAGUAUUCAUGUGCAAGAUAUAAAUGAUAACGCGCCAGAGUUUAGUGAGGAUCUGAUUUCAAUUGAAAUAACAGAAUCGGCAGACAAAGGAGCGAGAUUUUUACUUACGGAAGCCCGCGAUGCCGACAUAGGCACAAACGCUGUGCAACGUUACAAUUUACAAAACAAUGAGCAUUUCACCAUUAAUGUAAAUACAGAUGUUAGUGGAAGGAAACAUUCCGAAUUGGUUUUGGUAAAAGAAUUAGACCGAGAAAAAGAGAAAGAGCUGGAAUUAGUGCUUACAGCUGUAGAUGGUGGAUCUCCUCAGAGAUCAGGUACUGCGAUUAUUCACAUCACUGUGCUGGAUGCUAAUGAUAACGCCCCAGUGUUCAGCCAGGCCGUUUAUGAAGCCAGUGUGCCUGAAAACUCUCUUUUAGAUACCGUAGUGGUUACAGUGAGCGCAACUGAUGCAGACACUGGCCCAAAUGGUGAUAUUACAUAUAACUUCGAUCAUGUCUCUGAUGAGCAUGUAUCUUUGUUUUCACUUAAUCGUAAGACAGGAGAGAUAAAAGUUGUCGGGUCACUUGAUUAUGAAACGGAGACUUCAAUAGAGCUGCGAGUAAGAGCAAAGGACGGACCGGGUCUUACCUCUUAUUGUACAGUAAUUAUAGAUAUAACUGAUGUCAAUGACAACCCACCAGCCAUCAAUUUGAAAUCACUAACUAACCCCAUACCUGAGAACGUGCCACCUGGUACAGAGGUGGGCAUCAUUAACGUUCAGGACAGAGAUUCUGAGAAUAACCGACAGGUCCGCUGCUCCAUCCAGCAGGGUGUCCCCUUUAAGUUGGUUCCUUCUAUUAAAAAC